GAUGAAGAUCAAAGCAGAAAAAAAAUGCUGAGCCUCUCGCGUGUUCGAUAUUCUUGUACCUACCUUCCCUCCCUUUUUCCUUUCCUUUCUUUUUUCACUUUUUUUUUAGGUCACUUUCACUUCUUCACACAUAUUUCGACUACUUAUCCUCUCAUACUCAUAUCAUGCUUAUCCAAUCCUUCCUUCUUGCUUGCUCUACUACCGUGGCAUUGGCUCUUGGCAGUGAACAGGCCAUUAUCAGCACUGCACGCCUAGUUGGUAAAGAUAUUACUGAUCCCAGAGCGAAUGGGGUCGAAAUCUUUCGCAACCCUCACAAUCAUGCUGCUGCCGCUGGGAGCAUACUUGUGUUCAGUGGUGAGGCUGUUAGAUACCAACCUCAACAGGACGGCAUUCUAUUUGAUAAAAAUAUUUACGACAACUACAAACAAAAUUUUUUUGCCUUUCCUGGCUUCGCCUUGAGCUACGACACUCUUCCGAUCUCGUUUGAGUUGAAUGGUGACCGCAGACAGCUCCGCGACUCACUCGAAAGAGCCUAUAAUGAAAACGAUAACCGUAGCAACAAUGACGCCAAAGAGAUUGCAGACGCGUUUGAAAAAUUGCUGCCUAGGAAACUGAAUGAUAAAAAGGCGCAGGCAGCCAAGGAUUGGACCUUGAGUCAGACGUUGAUUCGAAGUGGAGAAGACAAAAGAGUCUAUAUUGAGAUCCAUGAACUCAGUCUUACGCUUACGACCAGCAUGACCACGGGUUAUGUGCAGAUAAACAAACAGACAGCAACGAUCCGUUCUGCCAAAUUGAAUGUCAAUGAUCGGUUCUUGACUUCUUUUGCUGAUAAUCUUGCGCAGAGGAUCCCCACGUUGAGGAUAAGGGACGCGAUAAGAAUACUUUCGACCAGCAACCUUCAGCUGUUUUUGGCCGAUUUUGAUGAAAAAACUGAUGGUUCUUAUGGCUCUGCCGCUGGUACUAGACGUACCCACUCCCGUCAGCGCUUUUACUCCCUAUCACAACUCCGAAUGUAGAUUUGUGAAGUGUGGCGAAGUAACUUUUUUAUUUAUACAUUUUCUAAACGAUGUCC